AAAAUAACGAUAUUUUAUACGCCAGAUACCAAAACCACCUCAACUACAACCCUCGUAGUCACUGGGUCACUCCUGCGAUUUGACAUGUCUAUGCAGGCGGAAACGAAACGACACACUGUCUGGCCUGGAAGCAGCUCAAGCUCGUCUAUUAGUGACCACAAGGAUGAACAAAUCCUAGAGAUCACCGAGGUAUCAAGACCAAAACGCAUACGCCAACGGAGCUUUGUGUCUGAUUCUCGAAACCCGAGGGAUUUGCGACUUGUGCCCGAGAAAUUCUCUGCCCUUCAGCCACGCGGCCAAAUCCCCAUAUCGUCGCUAUCACCAUGGUCGUCGUACGAGAGUCUCUAUCGGGUGGAGCUUUGUGGUGCUGUUGCUGUUGUCCGGAAGCUUACAGGAUCAAGAGCUUUGUAUAUGAUCAAAAGUACCAGAGACGCAAGUCGUGCUCUGGAAGCCUCGCAGGUACGCAGACACCCGAACAUCUGUCAGAUAUACGAGAUCUUCAAUCACGACGACGCUUCAUAUAUUGUCCUGGAAAACAUGGCUAUUUCCCUAGGCCAUAUGGUCGGGUGCCCCAGGAGUAUAAAGGAGAAGGAGCUGGCCAUCAUUGCAAAACAGACGCUUGAUGCUUUGUUAUUUCUGCAAUCGCAGAACGUGACAUUCCUUGUGACUUGCUCUAAUGUUCUCGUGUCUAUCCAGGGGGCUUUGAAGCUUAACAUUCUAGAGAGACACCCCGACAGCUCGAUCAAUGAGCAAGAGUCACCAUCUUCGGCACUGGGAAUGAUGCUGGUGAGCAUGAUGAACAAGCGAGAAAAGCUGCAUCGGCCAUACACGCUCCUAGACUUGGCCGAGUGGUCAGAGAAUGCCGUCGACUUCAUAUCGAUGACAGAGCGCAGAGAAUCUCUCCGCGACCUCGUUGGUCAUAGCUUUGUCUCCCAGAUACAAGAAAAUGCUGAGAUUGGGUGGUGUGUCAUGAUCAACAGCAUCAGUCUGGCUAUUGUUCGAACCUGAACCUGUUUUCUACUUGGUGGACCGAAUGGGGUCCAGGUGAGUACGUUCCCAGUGGCUGAUCUCAUCUUCAAUCUGGAGCAAGCGACGAUAUGGGUUUUUGCAACGGUUUUU